ACGCCUUUUCCGACACUAAAAAAAACGCUAAACCAAUAAUUGAGAGGUGCACUGUACAAGGAACGAACCCUUUACCCUUGGUCGGCCGUCAAUCAUCACUCGUUUCUUUCCGGAGGAGACUGACUGGGGGGAGUGUUCGGAGUGGGGGGAUUCGCAAGCGAAGCAGUAGCAGUAGCAGCAGCACCACCACCACUAGCGUCAGUUGAGUGUUCUGUGCAACCUUCUGCGUAGAAGAUCGACAGGCGAUCCAAGGAUCGAUGGUUGGUCAGGAAUGUAGUUUUAUUGUUUCCAACUUACUUAAGAUUGAUUGAGAGGUGGAGGCCCUUAGGUUUCUAUCUCAAGCACAUGAAUUCUAUGAAUCUGUUGUCUAAAGGAACAAGUGGGACAACUGGUGCUAUGGACAAGUUGCCAGAUGUGAUGAAAGAAAUGAAACUAAGGGAUGAUAAGGAAACUGAAGCUACCGUGGUUGAUGGGAAUGGGACUGAAGCAGGUCAUAUAAUUGUAACAACUAUCGGGGGAAGAAAUGGUGAGCCAAAGCAGACCAUAAGCUAUAUGGCUGAACGUGUUGUGGGACGUGGAUCUUUUGGUGUAGUUUUCCAGGCCAAAUGCCUAGAGACGGGUGAAACUGUAGCUAUUAAGAAGGUCCUACAAGACAAAAGAUACAAGAACCGAGAAUUGCAGACUAUGCGCAUUUUAGACCACCCAAAUGUCAUCUCUAUGAAGCAUUGCUUUUUCUCAGCUACUGAGAAAGAUGACCUGUACCUGAACCUUGUACUGGAGUAUGUUCCAGAGACAAUUCAUCGAGUUAUCAAACAUUACAACAAGAUGAACCAACGAGUGCCACUGAUAUAUGUAAAGCUGUAUGUGUACCAGAUUUGUAGAGCAUUGGCCUAUCUUCAUGGAAGCAUUGGAGUAUGCCAUAGAGACAUCAAACCCCAAAAUCUUUUGGUGAAUCCGCAUUCUCAUCAACUGAAAAUAUGUGAUUUUGGCAGUGCAAAAGUCUUGGUAAAGGGGGAACCAAAUAUUUCAUACAUUUGUUCUAGAUACUAUAGAGCUCCUGAGCUUAUCUUUGGUGCAACUGAGUAUACUACAGCGAUUGACAUCUGGUCUGCUGGUUGUGUUCUUGCUGAACUCAUGCUUGGACAGCCUCUCUUUCCCGGAGAAAGUGGAGUCGACCAGCUUGUUGAGAUUAUAAAGGUCCUUGGUACACCCACAAGGGAAGAAAUCAAAUGCAUGAACCCUAACUACACAGAAUACAAAUUCCCGCAGAUAAAGGCCCAUCCCUGGCACAAGAUAUUCCAUAAGCAAAUGCCUCCUGAAGCUGUGGAUCUUGUUUCCAGGCUUUUACAAUACUCCCCAAACUUACGAUGCACUGCAUUGGAAGCACUAGUCCAUCCUUUCUUUAAUGAGCUACGUGAUCCAAAUACUCGAUUACCAAAUGGCCGGUUUUUACCCCCGCUCUUUAAUUUCAAGCCUCAUGAGUUGAAGGGAGCCCCAAUAGCGAUGGCAGCCAAGUUGAUUCCAGAGCAUGCAAGAAAGCAAUGUGCCUUUAUAGGACUAUAAGCUUCAUGAUGACAUGUUACAAAAGGACACUUUUUCUAGCAGGCAUUACUUAUCUUGAGAAAUGAUGAGCGAGAAGCUAGGUAAAGAAAUGGUCUUUCCAAUUCCAUCUUUGCCCAAGGCGCAUGUGAAAUCAUUGCUCAUCUGUUGAAACUUAGCAGAUCUGACCUAACCCUUGCUUUUUCAUACAAUAACUUCUAACACUAGUAUUCCAAAUGUUGCGUUUGUUUAUGUUAUGAUUUAGCUAUGGAUCAGAUUGUUCCUUUUAUGUGUCGAUCAUCCAGACUUGACUAUGAGACUGACUGUUAUAUUUGUACUUGAAAUGGUGUGGAAAAUCGUCUCUUUGAUUCA